CACUCCUUGGAAUCCUGUUCCCAUUGGGGUCCUCUGAUAAUCCCCAGGAGCCUCCCAGCAUUCCCAGACAAGUCCCGGGUCUCAUCGUGCCAUGGAGAUGGGUUUUCUUAGGAUCCAGUUGGGAUCUUUUCCCACAGAAACAAUUUAAGACUUGGUCCUGUCCCCAAAGGGAUAUGGAGAACAGACUAUGUCCUUCUUUUGCAUAGCUGCCUCUUGCAUGCUUGAAAAUUGUUCCUGCAGCUUCCAUUCGGUUGCUUGCUCUUCAAAGGGAUGGCCCCGCUCCCCCAGCUGGGUCCUGCGGAGCUGUGCAACUCCACACCCUUCCCAUCCUGGCCAGCUGGCACCUCCCAGCACUGUGCCAAGCCAUCAAGUAACUUCCCACAUCUGGCAAAGUGAUGGCUGUGUUUGACCAGCCUGCUAAAACAUGUGCUGCCGGGGUGACCCUCACGUGCCCGUCCCUCGAGGGUUGCCUGGGCUCUGAGCUGACCCUCCUGCAGCAGCUCCUGUCCCAGGCUUCGGUCCCUCACCUGCAGUGCGGCUGUUUGUUACCCUGACAGCGGGGGGCUUCACCUCUGCUGGCUUCAGCUUGCUCAGCCCUGGACAUGCCAUCCAGCUGCCUGUCCAUCCAUCUUCUGCAGUCCCACGAGAAGCAAGAGCAGCUCCUGCAGAGCCUGGUAUCCCAGCUGGAGACAGGGGCAUUGGCAUUGUCCUUCUGGGCAAGAGUCUUUUAUCCCCAGAAGGUCUCUGAACCCAGUCAAUACCAUUCUGAUUUUCCAUUCUGGCCUCCAGUGCUCUUUGGUGACAACUGCAGCUGUUAGUGAGCAGCCUCUCUGCCCCAUCCCUGAGGUCCCCAGUGAACCAGUGAUGGGGACUGGCCCUCACAAACAGCCUGACAUGUGCCACUGCCUCUGCACCUCCUCUGCUCCUAGCUGGGAAUUGUGUCUGGGGCAGUGUCACCAGUCCUACUCACACCUAGGUCUUUCUGCUUUUUUUAACAUUUGUCUGUGGCAAGUUGGGGCUGGCUGCUCCUGUCUCCCCUGAGUGCCCCUGGUGCUGUCCCCAGCUGCUGGCCUUGGUGCACUGUGGACACAUGUGCAAGUGACUCCUUGUGCCCUGGCUGGUGCCCCCCGGGGCUGCACAACAGUGUUGUGCCCUGGCAGGGUGGAAGACCCUCCAGCCACUGGUACCAAGCGGAGGUAGUGGACUGGCAUGAGGUUGAGCAUGACUGUGGGACCUCACUGUGGUGGCUCUGCUCCUGCACCACCAGCACCAGCACCUCUGUGGGCUCUGCCAGUGCCCCCUGUGCCUGCAGCUCUGCUCCCAGCACAGCCACAGAGACGGUGCCGCUGGCAGAGCAGACCUGGAGUAUGCCAGUGCCAGGCGGCACAGGACACAAGGGAGACAGAUUAGCUGUCCCAUAUCCCAUGCUCCCAUGUGACAGCAGCCCAAACAGCCUGUCCUGCCCCACACAGGGGCCUCCCUGGUUUCUUGGGGGUUGUUUUUCUUCCUACCCCAUCCUCCCAGCAUGCCAGUAGCCACAAGGGCAGGACAUGCUCCGUAUCUGAUAGGAGCAGUCUCUCUUGGCGCUGCGGCCAGCAGCAGAGGGGUUGUGGCAUAGUGGUUUCAGGCACAGGGAAGUGCUGGUGGUGGGGAGGGGGGAGCCCCCAGCCAGGCUUCCUGAGCUGCACAGCCACCACUUCCCAGAUAAAGGUAUCGCCCGGAGGAGCCGCAGCUGCUCCCAGGACACUGGCAAGGACCAAGUGCAGCAUGUGUGGCCCUGGCACACAGGUUGCAGGAUGGCAGCCUGCCUGUGCCAGGUCUGGCAGCUCUCACUGCUCCCUGCCAUCCUGCUCAGCCUCCAAAGCCCACCACCAGCCCCUGAGCCAGUGACAUCCCAAGAUGCUGCACUGCUAGCAGGUGUGUCCGAGGACAUCCUCUGUUUCUCCCGCUCCUUUGAGGACCUCACCUGCUUCUGGGACGAGAAGGAGGAGACAACAACUGGGAUGUGCCACUUCUACUACUGGUACAGCAGGGGUAUGCCCACAGCGUGUGUGGUCUCUACGUGGUACCACGGGGCUGGUGGGAAGCGACAUGUCUGCGUCUUCCCCAGCCAGGACGUGCGGCUCUUCACCCAGCUCCACCUCCGCGUGCUGGAUGCCACCACAAACCAGACCAAGUAUUGGCGGGAGCUCAGCGUGGAUGCAGUGGGUCUCAUUGCCCCCCCAGCAAACAUCACGGCCCGCUGGGCUGGGGCUGCGGGGCAGCUCUGCGUGUCGUGGCAGCCACCACUCGCUGACUUCCCGAACUUCUUCCUCUAUGAGGUGCAGUGCUGCCCUGCCAGCUCCUCAGGGACGCCCUGCAGCACCACACUGAAUCCCAGUGACCCCUCCAUCCAGUUAACUGUCAGCACCCACAUACCAAGGGCCGGGGCAGCCUCCCCAGGAGUGGGGCAGAGGCUGGUCCAAGCCAACACCUGGGUGGUCCUCCAGGGCCUGCUGCCAGGGAUGAGGUACCACAUCCAGGUGCGCAGCAAGCCCGACGGCACGUCCCUCGAUGGCAUCUGGGGGCCCUGGUCACAGGCAGUGGCUGCAGAGACACCCCACUCCUCCGGAGACAUCGGGCUGUGCUGUAGUACUCCUGACCUGCGGCACGUGCACUGCGAAUGGAGCUGGGACCCUGCAGAGCCCCACAGCACCCACCAGCUCUUCUACCGGCCACCUCCAAGUGGGGCUGGCACAAGGGAAGAUGCAUGGCAACAGUGCGAGGAGGUGAGCAGGGGGACAGAGGCCACCCACGCCUGCACCUUCCAGCCCAGGGCUGGCAGUGCCAUCUCCGUCCUGGUGAACGUCACUCGGACCCACAUGCUGCCCACACUCAGCUACUUCAAGGAGCCCUUCUGGCUGCACCAGGCUGUGCUCACAGAUGCCCCACAGCUUGUGCAGGCAACAGUGUCACAGGGCCAGCUGAGCCUGCAAUGGCUGCCACCCCUGGAGGUGCUGGCAGAGGAGUUGGACUACCAGGUCCGCUAUGCCAUGGAGAACAGCCAUGACUGGAAGGUCCUGCAGGUUCCACGAGCAGCUAGGAGAGAAGUCCUGGACCUACGGCCAGGCACCCGCUACCACGCCCAGGUGCGGGCCCGGCCCGGCGGGCCGUGGUACCAGGGCAGCUGGAGCGCCUGGUCCAAACUUGUUGUGGUUGAUGCCAUGGGUGAUGCAGGCUGGCUCAUCCCCAGUGUUACGGUGGUGCCGCUGCUCUUCUUAGCAAUGCUCCUGGGGCUGCGGUGCACCUUCCCCUCCCUCUACAGCAACGUGAAGCAGAAACUCUGGCCGCCCGUUCCUGACCUGCACCGUGCUCUGGGCAACUUCCUCCAGGAGAGCAGCAAGCACGGCCAGGCCAGCGCCUUGGACAAGCAGCCGCCGGAGGAGGCCGUCCUGCCCUGCCUGCUGGAGGUGCUGCCCGGUCCGCGGGGCGAGGCGGGCCCGCCGCCGGAGCACGCUGGGGGCCGCCUGUCCAGCACCGACAUCGCCAACCAGUCCUACCUGCUCAUGAGCGACUGGGAGCCGCGGGGACCCGCGACGGCCCCCGCCCCCGCCCCACCAUAAACGCGCAUCCCCACUCAAACACCCGCCUGG